GGAAAGUUGAUGUCGGACUUUCCUUCGGUGUAGAGAGCGGAUAUUGAAUACUUUUUUUGGGUGUUUAGAGUUUCCUGCUUGAUGCUAAAUUGGAACAAAUUGAUGUCAAUUCAAUUGCAGGUUUCUUUCCAUUAGAAACAAAAUGAUACAAAAAGUAAACAAAAAAAGUGUACCAGACUAUGCUAAAAAGCCAGUCCUUGGCUUCUCUACUUGGUCGUCUCAGCUACUGGACGAUGUUCCAGGUUAUGGAGGCAAACAUUUGAACCCUUGGUUUAAUGAACAGCAGAUCAAAGAAGUGUCUGAUGCCAUGAAGGUUAAAUUACCUCGUUAUGAGUAUAUUAACUUAGAUUCUGGCUGGUACCUAAAUAUAGAAAACACAGCAAAUACAAAAAGUAUUAAUCUACUUCACAGGUGUACUGAAUGUGAUGAAUAUGGUAGAUGGGCAGCCCGGGACGACUUGUUUCCGAACGGAUUCCGUGCACUAUCUGACUACUUGAAACAGAAUGGACAUAAAUUGGGUGUCUAUCUGUUACCAGGCAUUCGUCAAGACGCCGUUGAUAAAAGGUGCAGGAUAAAAGGCACAAAUCACACGGUGGACGAACUAGUCCAGCUCCGAAAAGAAGGCUGUGGAUUUGCGGGAACGACAUUUAUGCCCGAUGCACACAAUGAACUUGCCAUGGCUUAUUAUCAAUCCAUAGCCGAUUUACUCCAUGAGUACGGCGUAUCCUACGUUAAAUUGGACGCAGUUGGUCCUGGUGGUGGUAAUGAAUAUUAUCCUUACCAAGCACCUGAUAACCGUGCAUGUACGGUUAUGUUGUACAACGCUUUAAACAAGUAUGGUAUUUGGGUGGAGAUUUCUUGGUACAUUGAUCACUCUUAUGCAGACGAAUGGGCUCAGAUAUCGAACGGAGCACGUAUCUAUGUGGACAUUGAAUCCUAUUCGACAAGGACCAUGACAUCCACUCAUCGUGUCAUGCAGCGAAUAACGCCUUGUGAAAAAUGGGCACAAAAGUGCGUGGUGGGAAGUGACUAUGGGUUCUACAUUGACCUUGACGUCGUCUUGGUUGGAAUGACUGUCAACGGCAAAUGCGUAGACGGGUUAGAUAAUGACGAAGUAAGACAGACUUAUAUCAGCUUUUGGGCUAUGGUCUCUUCGGUAUUUUGUAUAGGCUCGGAUCCAAGGACGAUACCUGACAAGUAUCUGUCGUGGUAUAACCAUAAAGAAAUCCUGGAUAUCCAUCAAAGCGGAAUCAUGGCUAAGCCCAUAGGCUCAGGUGACGUAUGGCAAAACAGAAAGCAAGUGUGGUGGAAGAAGCUGAAGGAUGGCCGCAUUUACGCGUGCUUGAUUAAUGCUCACACUUAUAUAUUCAUGCUUGGGUUUAGUCAUGAGGUCUCUAUCCAGUUUGAGGAUAUUGGCUUAAAACGAGCCUAUAUUAAGGACGUUUGGACCGGCAAAGAUCUUGGACUGUUUGAAGACAGAUAUAGUAUUGUGCUAAGAGCUGCACAAAGCCAACUUCUGCAAAUUAUACCAGCUUAA